ACCCAGCUCAGUCUCUCGUCAGCCAUCGAACGAAGCGAGUGCUUUUGAACGUUUCCGCGCAACUGCGUUACAUGUGAUAAUAGUGCUCCCGUGUACCAUGGUGACAGUGUUUCUUAAUUCAACAAAUAAAUAAGUGACAAUUUUUUCAAAAAGCGAAUAUCGCCGACCACAAUCAACACCAGACAUCAAAAUGUCGGUGAUGCAAAAGCGGCAGCAUUGCUAUUUAUGCGAUUUACCUCGCAUGCCUUGGGCGAUGCUGCAUGAGUUUUCGGAACCAGUAUGUCGUGGAUGUGUAAACUACGAAGGUGCUGAUAGAAUAGAAGUAGUGCUUGAUACAGCGCGACAACUUAAACGUGCACAUGGUUUUCAAGAAGGCCGUGGGCCCUCACAUGCCAAAGGUGGCCACCGUGCGCCAUUAGAGGCUCAUCAAAAUGGUGGAGAAUCGGGUACAAGAGGUCAACCAGCUCCUCCUGCACAUCAUGCACCAACUGCUGGAUUUGCAUUGCAUCAUUCGCGGCCAACUACUAACGCUGGUUUACUAGCAGAGUACGGCGGUCGUAGAGAAGAACAUGAGGGCAGAAGGCUUGCACAUCUUCCUCUAGCUCAUUUACCAUCUCAUGGUGGAGCUCGACUUGCUCCUGGAUUAACUUUAAAAAGACCGUUAGAUGAUGAUGAUCAUCAAAAUCAUCAUGAGCCAGCCAAAAGGCUUUUAGAGGAACACUCUCGGCCUCCUCUAACUCGCGGGGAAUCACUGCCUGCAGUUUCUCUGGCGGCUCCAUUUGCACCUGACCGUGUUUUCAAACAAGAAAAACAUCCACUACGUACUCCGUCAUUUGACGCAGCUUUUAAAAGUAACGGUUAUGGAGGUAGUGCCCCUCUAACAAAUGGUUCAGCUGGGUCCCCAUUGGGCCGAACAGCCGGUUCUCCUCCGGUGACUGGUGCUGGAGCCGGUCCUUCGCCGAUGGCUGCACUUAUGUCAGUGACGGAUACUUUACCUCCUGGAUCCCCUCGUUCUACUGGAGGAUCACCGCCUCAGCCACCACCCCAAAGAUCCGCUAGCCGAUCGAGUCAACAUUCGCCCAACUCAUCAGGGUCGAACGGCGGGCGGCGGUCGUCGGGCUCGCGACACGUGUCUUCUACGACGUCCGUGUCGUCCACGGAGGCCAGUGAGGGAACAGAUGCGGCGGCUCCCGCUCCAGCCCCGUUGCUAAAGUGUACGCUCUGCCAAGAACGCCUCGAGGAUACGCAUUUCGUUCAAUGUCCGAGUCAACAACAUCACAAGUUCUGUUUCCCUUGCUCCCGGGAUUCAAUCAAGAGACAGCAAGGAUCUGAGGUUUACUGUCCGAGUGGCGAAAAGUGCCCGUUGGCGAAUUCAACCGUCCCCUGGGCUUUCAUGCAGGGCGAGAUCGCAACAAUCUUAGGAGAGGAAUUCAAACCUAAGAAAGAAAGGGAAACCUAGGACGACAUGCCGCCGCGUAGACUUUAUCUCUUGUCCCUCUCACUGUGAAUGACCAGGGGAGGAGUGUCGUGCGGCAGCCCGCCGCCGACAAGCGUUCAGCGCACACACGGGCGCGGCUCGAGGCCCGGGGCCCACCGCGAUCGGAACACUUGUACAUACAAUUGUAAAUAGUCUUAUAUUAAUAGUAUACCGAUCGGUGAUUCGGAUCGGGCUUUCUCCUGCCGAGGGGCGAAGGUUUUAUGGAUUGUAUUCAGCGUAAUGACGUUGCAGGAAUAAAACUAAGAUCUCGGAAGUUUUUUAAGUUUUUAUCUGAGCUAUACAAUAUUCUGAAUAUGGUACAUAUCCCAUUUCGUGAUUUUAUGAUCAUUGUCGCAGAAAUUUUAAUGUCGUUAAAAUAGUUAUUGAUCUGAAGCGUUUCUCGUGCGACGAAUUGGUUUAAUCGAUUUUUUGUUCGAGAACUUUUCAGAUGCCAUUUUCUUAGUUACCUUUAGGUCCCGAACCAUAGUGAACUUGGCAUUUAUUUAUGUGAUUCUUUAUAUACUGUACAAGUAUUUCAUAAUUACUAUGUAUAAAAUAUAAUAAUGAUCAUGACAUUUUGUGUAGUGCAUUACUGACUGUAAAAUGUAGUUUGAAAUAUUUAACGCGUAUCGCUCUAUGUACAGAUAGCACGUAUACUUAAAAUAUAUUAAUUGCCUACUGCGCAUAUUUAAUAAUCAUUUAAUUUCCUUGAAGCUAUUCUUGAGUGGCUCGAGUUCCGUUACGUUUGUCGAUGUUUGGCCUGGACAUGAUUCAAGUUUUGUUCGUUUACGUAGAAGGUAUCGUUGUUUCUUUUUAAGUAAAUCGGAAUUGGAUUAAAGUACUCUUCGCUCCGUUGAGCACUAAACGUUUGGUUGAUUAUUUUGUAAGGUUAAGUGAGGUUCGGCUGCAGUAUUAGCGAGACCUGCGCACGCGUCGGGGCGCACCUAGUCAUUUUGUGAAAUGUCAAUCUGAUCCGCGAUUGCGCGGCCGUUAUAGGAACUCUUAAAACUCGCUGCUAUAUUUGUAUAAAGUGAAGUAAUUAUCAUUAUAUUAUUAUCAUUGUAUGUCAUAAUGUUAUUACAGUUAGUGUGUCAAUUUCGAAGGCUAUCAGAUGGCGGCCGUUUUUCGUUUUCGCUUUGGCUCGGAAUAGUCUCUUCUAUUAUCUGUUUGACAGAUAGACACGUUUCCACUCUUAAAAUUGGCCGGAUAUAUUUGACGACAGGCGUCGAGGCGGUGGUAGUGGAUUGUGGGGCGGACGCAAGUACGACAAAUGCCUGUAAUCUCCGCGGUUAUCAAAUGUCAUUUCCGUCAGACGCGACAUGACCUUAUCUCUUACUGUUCGAUGCGUUCAAUUAAAUUGACAUGUCCAUUAUUUAUUUUAGAUAUUCUUGUACAUAUAUCUACGGUUACUUUGUAUAUAUUAUUAACUUGUACAUAAUAAUGAUUUAAUGGGUUCUAGCCGCUAGAUUAUUCAAGGCUAUCCAGUCAGUAUUACUUAGUACUGUGAGUCUUGUAGUAGUUAUUUAUGUAAAUCACAUGUAAUAUGCGAAAGAUUUUCUUUAUUCUAGGUAUUCCAACUGUCUACGAUUUAUAUCCAAUGCGGGAUUUAUUUAUUGUAACACUGUCUUUUAAUGUUAAUAUGUGUUUUAAUUUUUUGAUGGAUUCGAAAUUGAUGUAUUAAUACAAAAAUUUCACUUUUUAUUGAAAGGAAUAAUACAUUUGAUAGUGUUCUAUAAAAAUGAAAUGUACGACCAUUUAGAUUUCAAAACUAUAGAAACAACGUUACAAGUGUCGAAUUUAUUUAUUUGCUCUUAGUGGGAUUUUAUUUAUAAUGUUCGUAACGUUGCGUUAUGCGUCUUAUAGAUUAACCUAUCAAAUCUUUACUUCGACUAACAAAAAUUUUAUGUAUGUAUAUGUAUUUUAAUCUCAUUGCUGUUACUUAUAAUUCUAUUUGUUUCUCGUACUAGCAAACUUUGUUUUUCUUAAAUAAAUUUUUAGUCCGCCUGAACUGGUAGACUCGUAAAGGAGUCACGAGACUUACCUUUCUUACUGCAAGCAAUUGAAAUGCUUCGAUUAAGACGUUAAUGUAAAUGUUGGUGAAAUACAAUUGAUGUGAUUUUGUAA